AUGGUUGCCAUUGCAAAGAAGAAGGGCUGUACGGCAGGACAAUUGACACUAGCUUGGUUGCUGGCACAAGGAGAUGAUAUUAUUCCGAUUCCUGGAACGAAGAAGGUUAAGUAUUUGGAAGAGAAUGUUGGAUCCUUAGAGGUUCAGCUCACGAAGGAUGAGGUCAACGAGAUUAGAAACUUAAUCGAGGCGACGGAGGUGCAUGGCUCACGAUAUCCGGGCGCUGUGAUGAACACCUUAUUCGCAGAUACGCCUGCUUUGUAG